GCGGGUGACGUCACGCCGGCGACGCGGCGUUUCCUGUGGAGGCGUGGCGCUUGUGGCUCCUGGCGCCUGGAACGCAGGGACUAGAGGGCGGGUUCUCUGACCGGCGCUUCCGUUUCCGGCUCCUAUUGAUGACGCGGAGCCCGGGAAACUCAAAAACCCAGCGUUUCCUCUACAGCUGUCUCUCUGCAAUGGAGGAAAGAGUUACAGCAAUGGCGGAUGCAGGCGCCGUCAGCACCGGUCAGGCCCAGGUAAGAGGGGUACAAUGGUGCCUUUAUUCUGAUCCUUAUGGGCUUACUAUUGUUGUGUUUUGUUGUUUCCUCCCUAUGGGAGCCUGCUCUGCUCUGAUGGAAGCUUGUGCUGGGCCAUCUAGCAGAAACUCUGGUGGUUGCUAUGUUUUAUCUUUCUUCUUAAAGGGGACAUUUUUUACUCUGGUGGUGGUAUUAGCACGGUGGUGGUUUCCCUUGCUUAGCUAAUAGAGCUUUGAUUUAAAUCAGUUUAAUUUCUCGUUUCAGGAGAAAACUGCUAGUAAAACUAAACCAGCAAAUCCACCAAGCCAAAGGAAAUGUCCUUCCUGUAAAAACCCUCUGAGAGACUCUUGGCAGAAAGCCAUGUGUAGAUCAUGUAUUAAAGAAGCAACCACCAGCAAGCCCACGAGCUUGAAGGGACAAGUACUCUUCCCUCACUUAUAGACUCUGAGGAAGAGGAAGAAGAGGAUGCAAGUAGAACCUCUAAAUAUAAAUUAUCCCUGGAGGAUGUGGAUGAACUUUUAGGUGCAAUCUACACUACCCUUGAUAUUCAGGAGGAAAGAGUACAACUAUCAGUCCAUGAUAAAAUGUACCAGGGUAUGGAUGACUCCAAACAUAGAGUCUUUCCUGUUCAUAAAGUGUUAUCCGACACAGUUAAGAAAGAAUGGAAAGAUCCGGAAAAAGGUCCCUUCCUACCUAAAUCUCUUAAGAGAAGAUUUCCCUUUGAAAAUAAAGAAACCGAGGUUUGGAAUAAGAAACCCAGAGUGGAUGCUGCCUUUUCACAGGUUUCUAGAAGGACAGAUCUGGCCUUUGAAGACAUGGGGGUCUUGAAAGAUGCGAUGGACAAAAGAGCAGAUGCUCUCCUUAAAAAAGCUUGGGACUCCGCAUCCGCCAGCCUUAAACCAGCCAUGGCUUCCACGGUGGUAACAAGAAACCUGGAAUGCUGGGUAGAGAAACUGAAGGGCCACAUUGAAGCAGGCACCCAUAGGAAAGACCUUUUAGACUCCUUUCCUCUAAUCCUUAAUGCAAUUAAAUACAUGGCUGAUGCAUCAGCCGAAUCAAUUAAAAUGGCAGCCAGAUCCUCAGCACUUGUCAAUUCAGCUAGGCGUGCAGUCUGGCUAAAAACGUGGUCAGGGGAUACAGCCUCAAAGAUUAAACUUUGUGGCAUCCCUUUUUCAGGGGAUUUUCUUUUUGGGCCAGACCUGGAAACAGUCUUAGAUAGAACGGCCGAUAAAAAGAAGGCUUUCCCAGCCAAGAAGAAACAGACGUUUAAAAAAGAAUUUUCGUGCUGUUCAACAACCCUACAAAAAUAGAGA